CAGUGACGAGAGCAGCCGGCCCGACAGGCUGCGGUAGGGGCGGGGAUAGGAGCGAGCGGAGCCCCAGAGAGGCGGUGCUUCUGCGGCUGCUUUUUUAUUCUCGCUGCUGACAAAAGAGCCCGGAGUCGGCGGGUCUGGCCGGUCGGGUUUGCCAAAAUGCUUUCACUUUCCUAAAAGUAAUCUGGACCAGAAGCCUGUGGGGACAAAACAAUCCUAAAAGCAGAAGGGGCAGCACAAAGGAUUCUGUGCCAAUGCAGCAACAAAAAAGACAGCCAGAGUUAGUGGAAGGAAAUCUUCCAGUCUUCGUGUUCCCCACUGAACUUAUAUUUUAUGCUGAUGACCAGUCAACGCACAAACAGGUGUUGACUCUCUAUAAUCCCUAUGAAUUUGCCUUAAAAUUCAAAGUUCUUUGUACAACUCCAAAUAAAUAUGUUGUGGUGGAUGCUGCAGGUGCAGUGAAGCCUCAGUGUUGUGUUGAUAUUGUGAUUCGUCACCGAGAUAUUCGACCAUGUCACUAUGGUGUGAUAGACAAAUUUCGGCUCCAGGUCUCUGAGCAAAGCCAGAGGAAAGCAUUAGGGCGGAAAGAAGUCAUUGCAAUGCUGCUUCCCACUGCGAAGGAGCAUCAGAAAGAAGAAGAGGAAAAAAGGAUAAAGGAACACCUGACUGAAAGUGUCUUCUUUGAGCAGACUUUGUGUCAGCCAGAGCACAGAAUUGCCUCCUCGGGGCCUAGUUUACUCACAGUCUUCCUGGGAAUAGUUUGCAUUGCAGCUCUCAUGCUUCCCACAUUGGGAGAAGUGGAUUCCCUGGUGCCUCUCUACCUCCAUUUAAGUGUGAAUCAAAAAUUAGUCGCUGCUUAUGUAUUAGGUCUCAUCACUAUGGUUAUCCUGAGAACAUGAGUGAUAAUUUAAGUGGACGUCAAGAUUCUUUUUGUUGUUGUUUUUUACCGUGUUAUAAAUUCACAUCAUGAAUGUGGACUGUCUUUUGACUCCCAUUUGGCUCAUUAAGAUGCUACAGAAAGACGAUUCAAUGAUUUUAGAGUACUUUUUUUCAGUAGUAUUUUAACUAUGUUUAAGUGCAAAAGACUCAAGCGCUCUGAGGUGCUUCUGUUACAGACAGCUAUAAAUUGUUUAGUGAAUGAAUCCAGAGAAUCUUUUAUAUCUUUGCCUACUGUACAAAAUCUUAUUAAAAUACAUUUU